AUGCCAGUCGAACUUCGCAAACGUCCUCCUCCAAAGGAGCCCGCGACCCCUGCUCCGGCGGCAAAAAGAGGCAGCGGAGCAGGCGCCGCGGCGAAGAAACUCGCGGACAAAGCCAAAGCUGCCGUGACGGGCAAGAAGGCCGCUCCUGUUACUGAUGUCGCCGCCACCACCACCACCAAGUCCAACGGCGACGUCGUCAACGGCACGGGUGGUCAUAAACCCAACGCCGGCAAGAUCUCGGUCGGAGAGACGUUGAACCUCGACGGGUUCGGAGGGACCAUCCAGACCAACGACGGCGCCGACACCACGUUAAAGGAACUGCUUGACAAGAGUGGCGCGGGCGUCGUGAUCUUCACCUACCCCAGAGCCAGCACUCCAGGAUGCACCACGCAGGCUUGUCUUUUCAGGGACAACUACGCUCCCAUUACUGGCGCCUCGCUGUCGAUAUAUGGACUUAGCACAGAUAGUCCCAAGGCCAACACCACGUUUGUGACGAAGCAGAAGUUGCAAUACCCGCUUCUCUGUGAUCCAAAUGCAACUUUGACCUCCGCAAUUGGCAUGAAGAAGCCAGGUCCCGGCAAAUCCACCACUCGAGGCGUCGUGGUUAUUGACAAGCAGGGUGUCGUCCGGGUUUGGGCACAAGCUGGCCCCGCCAAAACCCUCGAAGUCGUCCUAGACUAUAUCAAAACUGAGGGUAAGAGUGAAACCGGUGCCCCGGCCACUGUGGCUGCUCCACCUGCUGAAGAUGGCACUGCGACCGAGGCGGCGACCAAGUUGGCGGACCCCGACACGAAGAUGGAUGAGGUUCCUCUGAUAAAGACACCGACUCCCGAGGAGGCAGAAGCCGCUACCACGGCUGCUGAAGUUGGUGACGUUGCUGCCAAGCUGGAUGAAGGUGCGAGUGGCCUUCUCAAACCAUGA